GCUGCGUGUUUGUGUUGCUAAUGUUCGCCUUGAUCGUCUUGAUAAAGAGAAAUGGAAAAGUAAUUUUAAAUUGAGAACUUACUUUUCUUGUUAUGAGUUUUGGACGAUUGAAAUCAUGCCCGGUAGUAUCAUCUUUGGUUAGAAGAGCAAGUGGAUGUUACUGUCAUAGUUUAAGUGGUUCCUUUUUUAGUGUAAGAGAAAUAAGUGACGACAAGAAACAACUGUUUAAGAGGCAAAGCUUGUACAGACCAAUGGCAGCAGGAGGAGAUGUGAACUUACCACCGAAACAUCAAAACCGUUUAGCAUAUGAGAAAUCUCCAUACCUAUUGCAACAUGCUGGCAACCCAGUUGACUGGUACCCAUGGGGUGAAGAAGCAUUUGAAAAGGCUAAGAAAGAAGACAAGCUAAUUUUUCUGUCUGUUGGUUAUUCAACUUGUCACUGGUGUCAUGUGAUGGAAAGAGAAUCUUUUGAAAAUGAAGAAACGGCAGAAGUGAUGAAUGAGCAUUUUGUUAAUAUCAAAGUGGAUCGUGAGGAGAGACCAGAUGUUGACAAGAUGUACAUGACUUUUGUUCAGGCUACGUCUGGUGGAGGCGGGUGGCCGAUGAGUGUAUGGCUUACCCCUGAGCUCACACCGGUGUACGGUGGUACAUAUUUUCCCCCAGCCGAUGUCUACUAUGGACGUCCAGGCUUCAGAACACUUCUCUCCAUCAUAGCGACUCAGUGGAAGGAUAAUCGUCAGAAAUUCUCAGAGUCUGGAUCAAAGAUCAUAGAAGUGCUGCAGAGGACAUCAGUGCUGGACGAAGCAUCAUCAGGGAGAAACGCAGAAGUCCCCGGUGAAGCAUGCUGGAAGAAGUGCAUGCAGCAAUUAUCGCACAGUUUUGAACCAGAGUAUGGUGGGUUUGGAAAAGCACCGAAAUUCCCUCAGCCAGUCAACUUGAAUUUCUUGUUUCAUGUGUAUUCACGAGAGCCUUCCUCCGAGACAGGGCAGAGAGCCCUAGACAUGUGUCUCCACAGCCUCCAGAUGAUGGCAAAGGGAGGAAUUCAUGAUCAUGUGUCUCAGGGCUUUGCAAGGUACUCCACAGAUGAUCGAUGGCAUGUGCCCCAUUUUGAGAAAAUGCUGUAUGACCAGGCUCAGUUGGUUGUGGCUUAUUCUUCUGCAUAUGUUGCCACGAAGAAUCCUCUCUAUGCAGACAUUGUGAGGGAUAUCCUGACAUAUGUCGACAGGGACUUGAGCGAUAAGAAUGGUGGGUUCUAUAGCGCAGAGGAUGCUGACUCUUACCCCACGCAUGGUGCAUCACACAAGAAGGAGGGGGCGUUCUGCGUCUGGACAUACAAUGAAGUGCAGAGUCUGCUCAGUAAACAUGUGAACGGAAAUGAUGAUCACUCCCUGGCCACUGUGUUUUGUACACAUUUCAAUGUCAAGCCUGAGGGAAAUGUAAAUCCUUUGCAGGACCCACACAAUGAACUGAAAAACCAGAAUGUGCUGAUAGCAACUGGGACUGAGGAGCAGACAGGAGAGAAGUUGGAACUCGAUGUGGCGACCGUGCAGGCGGCUCUCAAGGAGGGCAGAGAAAUCUUGUAUGAAGCUCGUCAGAAGAGACCUAGGCCGCAUCUUGAUGAUAAGAUGCUAACAGCGUGGAAUGGGCUGAUGAUAACAGGAUUUGCCAAGGCUGGCCAAGCACUGGAAAGUAAGGAGUAUGUUCAGAGAGCAGUCACUGCUGCCAACUUUGUAAAGAAGCAUCUCUAUAAUCCAACAGCUGAAACACUGUUAAGAAGUUGCUACAAAGGUACAGAUGGCAACAUUGCGCAAAUUUCGUCACCCAUUCCUGGAUUUCUGGACGACUACGCAUUCCUAGUCAGAGGACUUCUGGAUCUGUACGAGUCCUGUUUUGAUCCAUCGUGGCUUGAAUGGGCUGAAGUUCUUCAGGAACAGCAGGAUCGAUUAUUUUGGGAUGAGGAGGGCGCUGGUUACUUCACCAGCCCGGGUUCCGAUCCGCGUAUCCUCAUAAGACUAAAGGAGGAUCAAGACGGAGCCGAGCCUUCGGGUAAUUCUGUAGCGGCCAGCAACCUUCUGCGGCUGUAUUCCUUCUUGGACCGGCCAGAGCUUCGCGACCGGGCCGCGAGGCUGUUCACGGCCUUUAGGACAAGACUGACUGGAGUGCCCAUCGCGCUGCCCGAAAUGACGUCAGCGCUCAUGUGCUACUAUGAUUCCCCGAUACAAGUGUUCGUCGCUGGACCUCCCGAUUCUCAGGACACGAAGGACCUUCUGGAAGUCGUGUACGGCAGACUGAUUCCGGGCCGAGUCCUGGCGCUGGCAGACGGCAGAGAUGACAGCGUGCUGUACCGUCGGUGUGAGGUGAUAAGGCGGAUGAAGCCGCUCGGAGGAAGGGCUGCUGCCUACGUGUGCAGACAUCAGGCGUGUUCGGUUCCAGUCGCAUCCCCCCAGGAGCUGGCCCGUCUUCUCGAAGAACUCGAUUAAAAUAUCUCUUGUCGACAUGUGGACACUUCAGUUUCUGUACAGCCUGUAGCCACUCAUCGCGGAUUUAUUUAUGAAAAUUCAGGGUUCUAAUCCCUGUGGAAUCGAUGACAUUUUUGUAGGAAUCUUAACCCUAGGAAUGCCAAGUGUAAAAAAAGAUUUCAUCCUCACAAAAACUGCUGUAUCUGACAUCAUGUAGCGUAUGUUAGAAUUUUCUUAUGAAAUACGUAUUCAAAGUAAGUAAGUAAAGGUAUACUUGUAACAGGCUGUGGAGGCCCAUAGGAUUGUGAGAUGUUGAGGCUCCCAC